GGGGGAUGGUGUGAUGUCACACAUAGGCGCGCGACACGGAUUGAAUCAUGCUUCGUGGCGGGCAAGGAGCGUUUCUUGGUUGGUCAAAACAUUUCAACGACUCCGCGCGCCCCAGGACAGCCCAGGACAGCCAGCGAUCCCGUGCCCACCAACGCCCCGCAGCACAUACAGCACACCCAGCCCCACCCAGACCCCGCGCGCCUUUCCGCCCCCCAUCGCACCACAGCACACGCGCUGUCCCUCGGUUUCCAUCACAGACAUCCCUUUCUCCCAUUCUUCCGCCACAUCCCGCAAGCCACCUCUCGCUUCCCGCUAGACUGCUGCCAUCCUAGAUUCUGACCGCGGUACCAUGGAUGCGGAGACGAACAAUCAGUGGCGGUUCGCCCAGUGUUUCGGAGACAAGGGCGAGGUAGAGGACAUCACGGAAGCCGAUAUCAUCUCUACGGUAGAGUUUGACCAUACGGGUGAUUACCUCGCGACUGGUGACAAGGGCGGUCGCGUGGUCUUGUUUGAGCGGAACGAAGCGAAACGAGGCUGCGAGUACAAGUUCUACACAGAAUUUCAAUCUCAUGAGCCCGAAUUCGAUUACCUCAAGUCUCUUGAGAUCGAGGAAAAGAUCAACAGGAUCAAAUGGUGCAAGAGGCAGAAUUCUGCCCAUUUCCUUCUGAGUACCAAUGACAAGACAAUCAAACUUUGGAAGGUGUUUGACAAGCAGAUUCGUGUGGUCGCCGAGAACAACCACUCGGAAGGCUAUGGUCAGAACACUGGCCCUUCCCAGCCCCCCCUGCGCCUCCCUCGCCUGACGACCCACGACUCCAUAACCGCCGCCGUCCCGCGAAAAGUGUACGCCAACGCGCACGCUUACCACAUUAACUCCAUCUCUGUCAACUCGGACGGGGAGACCUACAUCUCGGCCGACGAUUUGAGAAUCAACCUUUGGAACCUUGACAUCAGCGACCAGAGUUUCAACAUUGUGGAUAUCAAGCCGGUCAACAUGGAGGAGCUUACCGAGGUUAUCACUGCUGCCGAGUUCCAUCCCAUACACUGCAACCUCUUCAUGUACUCGAGCUCGAAGGGUACGAUCAAGCUCGCGGAUAUGCGAGACUCUGCGUUGUGUGAUUCACAUGCGAAGCUCUUUGAGGAGGAAGAAGACCCUGCUUCUAAAUCCUUCUUUUCUGAAAUCAUAUCAUCCAUCUCCGACGUCAAAUUCUCGCAAGACGGGCGAUAUAUUCUCUCCCGCGAUUACUUGACGCUCAAGAUUUGGGAUAUCGCCAUGGACAGCAAGCCUGUCAAGACCAUCAAUAUCCACGACCACCUUCGGCAGAAGCUUUGCGACUUGUACGAGAAUGAUUGCAUCUUUGACAAGUUUGAGUGUACAUUCAGCGGGGACGGAACCCAAGCUUUGACAGGAUCCUACCACAACUACUUCCGCAUCUACGACGUCAACUCGGACAAUGAUGUCGUGCUGCAAGCCGACAAGUCUGCAUUCAAGGCCAAGAAGAUUGGCGGCGCGAGAGGCAAGGUGCCCGGGAAGAAGGAAGGUUUGCAGACGGAAGGGAUUGACUUUUCAAAGAAGAUUUUGCACGCGAGCUGGCAUCCCCGCGAGAACACUAUUGCUAUUGCCGCCACCAACAACCUUUUCCUCUACUCUACAUUAUCAUGAGCGUUCUCUCGAACCGACAUCCAACCAUAUACCCAUUUCGCAUCCCAACAGCAAGAUCACCAAAUACAAGUUUAUUUCUCCCCCUUUACUCUGCCAAUGUUGGCCCUGUCCGUUUCCAUCCAUUUUAUUUUCCUCUCAUCUCUUUUUACAUGUCUUUCCAUAUGUUGGCAUCUGUUGCCCCUCGAGACUCUGGUGCGGCGCUUUUGUGAAUCUUCCUUUUCGCUCUCGAUAGAGUUUGUCCACGAUGAGAACAGGGGAGGCGACGCGCUUUAGUCUAUCAUAGAAAUGGUGUGCGUCGGCGCAUAAGGGGGCGCGAGGGGAGGAAUCAGUAGUAGAAAGAGGAAGAAUGGGUAUGAAAAGAAGUACUGAACACGAUCGCGAAGGGUUGGUGCCAUAAAUGAUAAUUACAGCGG